AUGAGCGGUCGCAUUCCCAUCGGUUCAGCGGUUCUCCUUACAGGAGUCAUUACAGCGAUUGGCUACUCCAUUAUGGCUCUCACCACCCCGACCGACCAGGAGAUGUACGACCGCCUCUCGCCCGAUCUCAAGCGCAAGGUCGACGAGGCACGACGGAUGCAGGCGGGUGCGCAAAACGAGCUGGCGAGGGAGAGCAAGAGUCGGCUGGACGCGAUCAGGGCUCAAGCGCAGAACGACUCUCCAGUAUGGGCUGACUCGGAGUCGACGAAGAAGUAG